CAUAGUCCUCUUCUUUCAUUGAAGUUGUGUUGUAGAUAUGGCAGGCCGAACGUUGCGGAUAGGUCUCAUCCCCGGCGACGGGAUCGGUCGCGAAGUCAUUCCGGCCGGCAAGCGCAUUCUUGAGUCGCUCCCCUCGUCGCUAGGUUUGAAAUUCUCCUUUGUCGACCUCGAUGCGGGCUUCGAUUGCUUCAAGCGCACGGGAACUGCGCUGCCAGAUAAAACGGUGGAGAUGCUGCAGAAAGAAUGCGACGGCGCCUUGUUUGGGGCUGUGAGCUCCCCCACAACCAAAGUCCAAGGGUACACGUCCCCGAUCGUGGCUCUGCGCAAAAAGCUCUCCCUCUACGCCAAUGUCCGCCCUUGUAAAACCACUCUCUCCCCGGCCUUCCAGUCGCCCGUCCCGCACCCCAUCGACAUGGUCAUCGUGCGCGAAAACACCGAGGACCUCUACGUGAAGGAGGAGAAGACCUACAGCGACGGCGAGGGAGGCGAGAUUGCCGAGGCGAUCAAGAGGAUAUCGAGCAAGGCCAGCUGGCGGAUCGCGAACAUUGCAGGCGAGAUCGCCUUGCGACGGCAGCGCAUGCGGGAACAACAGGGAUCGUCGGAGAAGAAACAGGGCAUGGUCACCAUCACGCACAAAUCCAACGUGCUCUCUCAAACGGACGGCCUCUUCCGCUCCACCGCCCGGGAGUGUCUGGCCCAGCCCCAGUUCUCCUCGUUGAAAAUCGAGGAGCAGAUCGUCGACAGCAUGGUGUACAAGCUGUUCCUCCAGCCGCAGUACUACGACGUCAUCGUCGCGCCGAACUUGUACGGGGACCUACUCAGUGACGGAGCCGCCGCGCUGGUCGGCUCGCUGGGCCUCGUGCCCAGCGCCAACGUGGGCGAGGGCAUCAUCAUCGGCGAACCCUGUCACGGAUCCGCCCCGGACAUAGAGGGCAAGGGCAUCGCCAACCCGAUCGCGACCAUCAGGAGUGUGGGCGUCAUGCUGGAGUUCUUGGAUCUGCCCGAGGCCGCGCAGGCGGUGUACAAUGCAGUGGACGCAUCCUUGGGAGAGGGCAAAUUCGUCUCCCCGGAUCUGGGCGGGACGGCGACGACGAAGGAGGUGGUGGACGAUAUCAUCAAGAGGCUCUAGAUUCGUGGAAUGAAGAGGCGCUAUAGAAGUCAGCCUGGAAAGAGCGGCUCGAAAUUGAAGGCUGCGAGAGACCCGUGACCGGGGGCUUGUGCCCUUUUUUCCCUUUUGCUUGGAGGGACUUUCGCAUUGGUGCCCUUUUUGGAGGCCGGGUCAAAGAACAGGGUCAAAAUCAAAAAGUUGAAGUACACAUAGACACCACUUCGUAGGAGAGUUUUCCUCGUAUCGCUGGCAGAUGGCUGUCUCCAACCUUUAUGCGAGGUCGGGCGUCAAAGGUGUUGAAGGCUGCCUUAGACAGCCUCUCCGGCUCGAGCUAUUUGCGUCAAACUGGUAGUCUCUACAUAGGGAGCCUCCUGCGUCGUCUCUAUUAGUGUUGCCGCCCACUUUGGAAACGAAGGGGCUUGGAGAGCUACCGGACCGCAUACCAGCAGCGAUAAAAGAAGACCCAGC